GAAGUCUUGUUUAAUGUCUUCAGUGCAAUUGGAAGAACUUUGUGAAUCAUAUUCCAAUUUAAAGAACAAAUUUGCUCUCCAGCCUCGAAAUGCGAACAUUGCGGAUGAUUUACUGCAAAGUGCUUCGGCGAUCAUUGAAAAAGAUCGGUGUGAAUUUAACAACCAACUGAGCAAGGCCAUCGAAGCGGAAAGCAUGCUACUGUUUGAACAGCAGAAGUUGCAGCAGGAAUGUGAACAGCUGUCAGAGCGCCUACAGAAUGUCACGGAAGAGCGUAAAAAUAACAGCGUACAACGCGAGAAGGCUAUGAAGGAGAUCACUGAGCAGACCAAUCACAUCAGAAUUAAAUGCUCAACGUAUGAAAAGGCGAUGGGUGCCAAAUUUUUGUCCAACGGAGAUUCCAUCACUGUGUUCAUCUUUAAUCCCGACGGUGUGAUACAACAUCGAAUGCAGCGACAGACAACGGAAGACUCCUCGGUUCCAGACUUCACUGCUUCUGAAUGGGAGGAGUUGAACACCUUGUGGUCCAAAAUGAAGGUGUCUGAUGACUGCAAGGAUCUCUUGGAUGAUCCUAUUGAAUGGAAGGGGAAACCAUGCAAAAAGCUAAAAACAAGCUCCUCGGUCGUGGCGACACGCACUGUCUUGGCUUCUCUGAGCAAUCGGAACUGACACUGUCUUCCUUUCCCCUGUAUAGCAUCAUGUAUUCCGUAUGUAUUGUAAUUUAUUCUUUGUGUUCGUGA